UCAGUGUUUGUGUUUGAGUGCUUGUGUGUGUGUGUGUCGUCAUCCAUCAUCGAGUUCUGCAGCAGUAGCAGCAGCAGCGGGACAAGGAUACAGAAUACACAGAAAACGACAAGCGGGGCCGGAUUUAGACGCACUCUUCCCCCCUUUCAUUACUGCUGUAGCUGUGGACUCCUUCCAAACAAAACGGCCAUGAUCUUUCCCGCGACAUUGACGUCAGUGCCGGUGGCGCUGUUAUGCGCCCUGCUGGUGACACUGUGCUCGGCUGCCGGUUCACUGCCAGGCCCGCCAGCAAGCUAUCCGGUGUUCGGUACCAAGCGGUACACGCGCGGCAACCUGAAUCCCACGAGUGAGUAUGGCGGUGGCCUAUCCGGAGCGCUGGGACUUCCGGUGUACCAUCGCCCGGCGAGCGGACGCUACUACGAUGGUCCGCUAGCGUCGCCCCAGUACUUCCCAUUUGCACCGUACCAGCAGCUACAACCGUCGAGCAGCGAUUACUACGACGAUGCCGGCUACUAUGGUGAUGGAGCGCAGGGCUUCUACUAUCUGCCGCCACCUCCACCACCACAGCCACAACCGCAGCAUCGGCGCUAUCAGCGUAACAACGAGCGCUACACGUCGUACGGGCUGCCGACGUACCGGGGCGAGUAUAAACCGACCCCGUACUACUACGCACACGGUCCGAGCUACAGCUACACCGACGAUCACGAGUCCAGCAAUCCGCUAGACGAUCUGCACGAGGAGAUGCUACAGGAGGACGAACGAGAGCGGGCCCUGGAUUACUAUCCCGUCGGUCAGGAGCAAUGGUACGAGAGUCCGUCCCGUCCCGAUUCGGCCUUUCUGCGCAAUCUCAUCCUAUACAACCAGCAGCUGCAGAACUUUGGCCGAGGAACGCCAAUACAGCAGCAACAGCAGCAGCAGCAACAGCAGCGGUCAUUGCUUGACGGUUCCAAUGAGGAUGAUUUCGAGGAGUACGACGAGUCGGAACCGGACUACGAGUACGAAGGGGCCAUGGCCGAUCCCGAACCUGGCUACGAUAGCUACUAUGGAGCUGGCUAUGGAGCCCCGGAGCCGGCUGGUUUACGGUAUGAGACGAGCGGUAGUGGCUCUGCCUCUGCUUCAAGCAACCGUGACGCACUCAGCAAGCUAAGCAGUCUGCGCAACAGCAUGGCGAUGAACCAGAUCGACGACGAGGACGACGAGGAGGUGCAGGAACUGAAGUCAUUGAUCCACCAGCAGAAAAGCAGCCAGCAACGGCUACCACCGAUGUUUGUCGACAAGAUGGCGCCAUUCGUGCUCAAGAAUCAGCAGUACCCGGCACCACCGACAACAUCCAGUAGCUACCAAAAGCAACAACCGACGCAAUACCUAAUACAAAAGCAACAGCAACAACAGAAGCAAGUCCAAGAGCAGCUGCAAAGGCAACAGCAGCAGCAGCAGCAGCAACAGCAAAAGCAACAGCAGCAGCAGCAGCAACAACAACAACAGCAGCAACAGCAACAGCGGCAACAACUACUCCAACAACAGCAACAACUGUUUCAGGAGCAACAGCGGGAACAGCAAAGGCUGAAGGAGCUUCAGCUGCAGCAGCAGCAGAAGCAGGAGCGAGAGCUAAAACAGCAGCAACUGCUACGCACGCUGUCCAGCGACUAUCAGGCGGCGUACGAACCGACCGACAACUGGCAGAAAGACAGUCCCAGCUACAACGCGUACGACUACGACAACGAGUACGACGAUGACUCCUGGAGUCACUGGGAUCGGAAGCGUAACGUGCAACCGAAGAAGGCCACGUUCGCCAGCAAAACUACAUUGCCGGUGACGACGGCGACGACAAAAACGUCGAAAACGACAACGACGGCCAAACCAGCAAUUGCAGCAGUGCCAACCAGCACGACAGCGGCGCCGGUAACGAGCAAACCGGUGGCUCAUCAACCAGGCCAAAAGGAGGUCGUUCUACCGAGACCAACCAAUCCGCGAAACGCGUUCUCUGCCAGCCUACUGAACGCAGUCGAACCGAGCUCAGCACAUCAUCAGCUGCACCAGCAGCAGCAGCAGCAGCACGGAGUCCUGAAAGUAGACGAGGGUUCCAUGGCGAAGCAGAUGAAAUCCAGCAAGCUGUACGACACGAUCAAAGCCAUGGUCAACAUGCGCCAACACAUGGAGGAUGCCGAUCUACGCCAGCAGCUGGAACACCAGAAGCAGCUGGCGCACAUCCGUAAGCGGUUCGUUUCCAACGAAGAGUCACUCGUACAACAGCUGGAUGGUCUGAAGCGGUCUGCAUAAGCUAAUUGCGGUCAAGAUCUGCGAGGUCACUACUGGCCGAGUAAGUAAUUCUAUCCAAAAAGAAUGAGAAAGAGAGAAAGCGAGAGAGAGAGAGAGAGAGAGAGAGAGAGAGAGAAAGCUUGCUUUAGUUUGAUACGAGUCAGGGAUAGAACUUCUUUGGUCGGUUGAUUUAACGUUCUAAUUUUCAAAACUUCUGUCUGAUCUGUUGGAAAUUUCCAUUCAUUAUUGUACUUCAAGUACUUAUCUGCUCAAACACUAGUUUUCGAGGAGAAGAAUCCCUUGGUUCUCCCUUGGUCGCGUCGGGCCAGAAAGGCAAUUUUAUCGAUUUUACAAACAACAGGCAUCGAAUGGCCGGAAGGCACAGUGAAGCAUCAAACAGCCGAAUACUAUCUAAUUAAAGGAGAAAACAAAUGGAUAACCAAACACAAAAGCUGAGACUGAAAUUAUGUAAAUAGAGGAAAGUUAGCAGGAACUACUAUACAGACCGACUGUCGAAACAGUCAAACAAUACAUCUAUAUAUAUAUAUAUAUAUAUAUAU